UCGAUGUCCCGCCCUCAAACGAUUAUCUAAAUAUUAUUUCGCAAAGGAGUAAGUUAACGUCCAAACAACGUCUAGAUGGGAAUGUGACUACCAGGAAGUAAGACGAAUAACAGUGUUACUAAAGCAGGUGUGCAACCUAAGUCGUAAGCACAGCAAAGAUGCCACUUGUUAAGCUUUUGGUCCAGAGACUCCGUGUGCCAGCUUUACAGCACGGGAUCUCUAGAAGUGCCUCUUCGGGUGCCAUGCUUGUCAAAGACCCUCUCAACUUUUGGUGUGCCGGUCGAGUGAAACUUAAUGAUGCCGCAAAUACAGAGGCUGUUUAUGAACCUGCCACUGGGCGAGUUCUGUGCCAGCUGCAGCAUUGUGGACCAGAGGAGGUGAACCAGGCAGUGUCAAAUGCACACUCAGCUUUUGGGGUUUGGAGUAAGAUGUCAGGGAUGGAGAGAGCCAAAGUAAUGCUGGAAGCAGCUCGCAUUAUUGAGUGUCGAAGAGAGGAGAUCGCGGAGGCAGAAGUGGUGAACAACGGGAAGUCCAUCACUGAGGCCCGUCUGGAUGUGGACUCUGGCCGGCUGUGUAUCGAGUACUAUGCUGGGCUUGCCUGCACACUGGCAGGACAGCAUGUCCAGUUACCUGGAGGUUCAUUUGCAUACACCCGACGCGAGCCCCUUGGCGUGUGUGUUGGGAUCGGAGCCUGGAAUUACCCCUUUCAAAUCGCAUCCUGGAAAUCAGCCCCAGCCCUUGCUUGUGGAAACUCCAUGGUUUUCAAGCCAUCCCCAGUGACCCCUGUGACAGCAGUUUUUCUGGCUGAGAUCUAUGCCCAAGCUGGUGCCCCCGACGGGUUAUAUAACGUAGUGCAGGGUGGGCAGGAAACGGGCACGCUGCUUUGCCACCAUCCUUCUGUGGCAAAGGUCUCUUUUACAGGGAGCAUCCAAACUGGCAAGAAGAUUAUGGAGAUGGCUUCCAGCGGGGUGAAGCCAGUGACACUGGAGCUCGGAGGCAAGUCUCCUCUCAUCAUCUUUGAGGACAGUGACUUGGAGAACGCUGUCAGAGGGGCACUCAUGGCAAACUUCCUGUCUCAAGGCCAGGUUUGCAGCAAUGGAACUCGUGUGUUUGUUCAGAGGAAAAUCCUGCCUCAGUUUAUAGAGGAGGUGGUGCGAAGGACUAAAGCCAUCCAGAUCGGAGACCCCCUGCUGGAGCAGACUCGAAUGGGUGCUUUAGUGAGCAGGCCACACCUGGACAAGGUGCUGGGAUUCAUCCGCCAGGCUAAGGAGGAGGGAGCCAGGAUACUUUGUGGGGGAGAACCCAUUACCCCUGCUGACCCAAAGCUCAAGAAUGGCUACUACAUGUCCCCUUGUGUGAUAGAUAACUGUACGGAUGACAUGACAUGUGUGCGGGAGGAGAUCUUUGGGCCAGUGAUGUCUGUAUUACCAUUUGAUACCGAAGAGGAGGUGCUGCAGAGGGCCAAUGACAGCACCAUGGGUCUAGCAGCUGGGGUCUUCACCAAAGAUGUGAAACGUGCACACCGCGUGGUGGCGAAUCUGCAGGCUGGCGCCUGCUUCAUAAACAACUACAACAUCACACCUGUGGAGGUGCCAUUUGGAGGCUACAAAGCAUCAGGUAUAGGAAGAGAGAAUGGCCAAGUUACCAUUGAAUUCUACUCUCAGCUGAAGACAGUGGUUGUAGAGAUGGGAGAUGUGGACAGUCUCUUUUAAAGACGGGUCCUGUGAAGACACAUAUCAAGCUGCUUGAACGUGCCAUGAGCCUCGACGCCGUUAAGGCUGGCCACCUAUCAUCGGCGCAGUCGUGCCGUCUAUAUUGUGGAUGUGCACUAUUAUGAUUGACCACAAAGUGACACUAUUGGGCUGAAGUGUGCUUCAUCAAGGGGAACAACAUGAAGCAUUUGAUGUCCAUAUUGCCUCAUACACUUAAUUAGUAGAAAUAUUAUUACUGUUCCAGUUUUUGAGA